GGGUGUGGCAGAGUGUCGUGCUCUUAGCUUAGUGAGGGAGGAAGGUCUCGGGGGGGUCUCUUUAACCUGGGCAGUCGAGGUUGUUAUUUGUUAAGGAGGGAAACAGAAGGGGGGAGGGGGGCUUGUCAGAGGCAGGAGGGAAGUUGGGAGGACUGGCUGAGCCUGCGGAGUAGGAAGAAAAGCAGCUCGAAUGGGAAGAAGCGGAGCAGGACAGGGAGAAGCUGACUGUUAGGCAAGAAAGUAGUCCGUUUGAGCGGAGAAAUAGGCUUGAGUUGUGAGUGGCACCCAGCAAUACCCUCCCCCGUAGUGUGGCGAACUUUACGACUCCAUGGCAACAGCCUCAGUGCCUGCAGGUGGUGGCCCCCUGAAUCCUGUGGUCACCCUCCACGAGGAGGCUGUCUGUGCGAUCUGCCUGGACUACUUCACUGACCCAGUAUCCAUUGGGUGUGGCCACAACUUCUGCCGUGUGUGUAUCACUCAGUUGUGGGGUGCUGGGGAUAGUCCAGAUGAGGAAGUAGGAGAUGAUGUAGGAGCGUCUGGCUCGGAUGGUGACUACAGGCCUAGUUCUGAGGGGACAGCUGAUGAUGGAGGAAUUGAUGACCUGGGACCUGAGGAAGAUGGUGAUGAUGAAGAUGAUUUAGAUGAGUACCUGGAUGGAGGGGACAUGGAUGAGGAAGAAGAUGAUGCAUCUAGGGAUGAGUAUGACGACGAUGAUGAUGAAGUGUGGGAUGAAGAAGAAGAUAGAGAGUUAUGGGACCAGGAUCCUGGGUCAGAUGAGAUGUGGGAGGAUUCCAUGGGAGGUGACCUGUUCUUUGACAAUUACGAUGAGGAGGAGGAAGUGAUGGAUGGAGAAGAGGAGUUUGUGGUGGAGGACUACCCUACCUCCCCCGCUCCACCACCACGCCAGUCUUUCAGCUGCCCGCAAUGCCGCAAAACUUUCCCUCACCGCAACUUCCGCCCCAACCUUCAGCUAGCUAAUAUGGUGCAAAUCAUCUGCCAGAUGCACCCGCAGCCGCUCAAGACCCCAACAGCAUCAGCUGAGGUGGUAGAGCUGGCUGCGGCAGGGGAUGCAUCAGGAGUGCCAUUGGCCUCAGCAGCAGGUAGAGCUCUGCGAGUUGAACGAACCUUGUGCGAGAAACACCAGGAGCCGCUCAAACUUUUCUGUGAAGCUGAUGAGGAGCCAAUCUGUGUGGUGUGCAGGGAGUCGCGAAGCCAUAAACACCAUAGUGUCAUGCCACUUGAGGAAGUUGUACAAGAGUACAAGGCCAAACUCCAGGGUCACUUGGAUCCACUGAAGAAGAAACUGGAAGCUGUUCUAAAGCAGAAGUCAAGCGAACAAGAGAAAGUAGCUGAACUCCAGAGCAAGAUGAAACUGGACAUGAAAGAGUUUGAGUCGGACUUUGAGCGGCUGCACCAGUUCCUUGUGGGGGAACAGGCGCUGCUCCUGCACCAGCUAGAAGAUCGCUAUGAAAUUCUGUUAGCCCGCCAGAAUAGUAACAUCACUCACUUGGAGGAGCAGAGUGCUGCGCUCAGUCGCCUCAUUGCAGAAGCUGAGGACAAGAGCAAGCAGGAUGGUUUGCAGUUGCUCAAGGAUUUCAAAGGCACCCUAGUCAGGUGUGAGAACCUAACUUUCCAGGAUCCUGAGAUGGUGGCAGUGGACCCAGGAAAGAAAUAUCGGAACUAUUUCCUUGUAGACGUCUUGAUGAAGAAGAUGGAGAAGUUCUUCUGCAAAGUCCCUCAAGUUGACUUGACCCUGGACCCAGAGACAGCCCAUCCACGGCUCACUCUGUCCUCAGACUGCCGCAGUGUCCGACUUGGGGAGCGCUGGCGAGACGUGCCUGACACCCCCAAACGCUUCAACUCUGACUACUGUGUGCUGGCUCUGAAGGGUUUCACCUAUGGCCGCCACUGUUGGGAAGUGGAGGUGGGCGGUCGGCGGGGCUGGGCCGUGGGGGCGGCCCGUGAAUCGGCCAGACGCAAAGAGAAGUCCGGCGGAGGUCCCCACCAGAAGCGGGAGAUCUGGUGUGUGGGGACCAAUGGGAAGAAAUACCAGGCACUGACGGCCACCGAGCAGACAGCCCUCUCUCCAUCUGAGAAGCUCCGGCGCUUUUGUGUCUACCUGGAUUAUGAGCGGGGCCAGCUGAGCUUCUACACUGCCGAAAGCAUGACCCACAUCCACACUUUCAAUGCCACUUUCCGGGAGCGCAUCUUUCCUUUCUUCCGCAUCCUCUCCAAGGGCACCCGCAUCAAGCUCUGCAAUUGAUGCCGCUCCUGCUGCUUUUGCUCUUACUUGUAACUGGAUGCUGUCCCCACUGUAGCCUCCAUUGUGCACGAAGGUCUCCUGUCCUCUUGGACCACCCUUGGUCCAGGAUUCAUGAUCUUGGUGGAUUCCUGUAUCUCUGUGGAUUCCCUCGGGCAAGGACUCGUGCCCCUUCUUUUAGAGAUCCAUCUGUUUUCCAAAUGUGUUUCCAUGUGGCUAUUGUUUUGAUUUUCUUUUCUUCCUCUACAGAGAUGGUUGUGGCUCAGAUACAUUCUUGCUAGAAUCUCUUUUCUUUUCCUGUUUUGGGUUUCUGCUGCCAGCAUUACCCACUGGGACCCUUUCCACCAGGAUAUCCCCUCCCACUUCCUCCUCAGAAGGUUUGUGAAUCAAGCCUUAUCUGACAGGCAGUUCCUCAGUUUUAUUUUUGGUGGGAAUCUUCCCCAGCGAAGAAGCCCUUGGGACUGCUGAUUCCCCGUCUUUCUGAAGCAGUUUAUAGGUUAUUAAUUUCUUGUGAUUCUGAAAUUUCUUCCCCCGGCAAUAUGCCUGGAAUCAGCAUGUCCGUUAGAACUAAUUUUUCCAGCAAGUGUCAAAAAACCCACUUAACAACGGCUGUCUACAUUUUAAAUGCAACUUCCGGAGAAAUGUCGUGCCUGGCUUCUAGACCCGGGAGCAGCUUCUUCCUCACUAGCUACUUCUCUCGUCCCUUCUGGUUCUUUUCUCUCCUAAAAAAAAAGGCUAACUUGUCUUCCCAUUCUCCUAUUAUUUUCUGCCAUCAGAUAUUUUUUGAAGAGGCAACCGAGUCCCUCCCCACUUCUCCUUGUGUGAGUUGAUGUAACGUCCUGGCUGCCUUUUUCUCUUUCCUGGCUGUUAUUUUCGUUCUCUCCUGCAUCGGUUGCAAGUGUUUAUAGAUACUACCAGUGUGUGAGGUAGAGGUUAUGUAUUUCAGCCAAUGGCAAGUCCUCGCUGGUCAGGGUCGCGUGUUCUUGGAUGUUAGUUGGACGACCACGGCUGCUGGAAGGAGCGGGCCCACAUCUGCAGCUCACCCUAAAGCUUUGAUGCUAGAAUUUCCCCAUGGCUGCCUCGUCUUCACUUAGCCCCUGAGGUUUAGGCAACUUAUUUUAAAACGCUUUUCUCUCAGUAGUUUCAUACACUUGCAGCUGAAUCCUUCUACUCCCCCCCCCCUUCGGCGGCUGGGGGCUUUAGCCUUGUGUGUGUACAUGUGUGUUUGGGUUCUUUUUGGCAUUGCAGAGCUCCUUUGGAACUAUUUUUGGCUAAAAAAAAAGAGACUUAAAAUGAAAAUUUAGUUUUUUGGACAAAAAAACUUGAGUGAAUAAAAUAAAGUUGUACACGUUAA